CGCUCGUUCCCGGGCUGGGAUCUGGGACUGUUGUCUAUUGGGGAUGUUGUCAGUCUCUGAACUGAGUGUAAUCGGUGUUGUUUGGCUAGUUUUCGCCGCGAUUUUCUUAUUCUGCGUGAUCUUUCACAAUGUGUGGUCAGGUUUGGGAAUUUUCGCGCUGUUAUUCCAGGAUUUCAUGCGUUACGGUAAAAGUAAACAGUAUUUCUUCCAGCGGCCGGCGUGGCUGCAGCGCCUGGACCUCCCGAAAAGAUGGUUUACUCAUUUUUACAUGGUUUCAGUAAUUUGGAAUGCUGUUCUACUUGGAAUCACUUGCCGAAGUCUCUUUUUGAGGUAUCCAUAUCCAAUGUGGCUUCAAAGAGUACUAAACUUGCUUUGUGGGAACGUAUUACAUUUAACAUCUGGUGAUGAACUAUCCAUUCUGUUAGUUCAAAUAAUGUUAUGUGUACAAGCUGUUCGACGCCUUACAGAAUGCCUUUUCAUCUCUGUGUUUUCAAGUGGAGUCAUUCAUCCAGUACAGUAUUGCUGGGGUUUGGUUUAUUAUGUGCUUGUUGGUUUAACAGUGCAUUGUGAAGGACCAGUUCUUGGGACCAAAGUGUAUGCGAUUCGAGACCUAUUUGCACAAGGGAAGUGGUACCAUGCAGCUGGAAUAACGCUGUUUUUGUGGGCAACAUUACAUCACCACAGGAGUCAUGUGAUAUUGGCCAGUCUUAGGAAGAACAAAAUGGGUGAAGUGAUUCACUUCAAGCAUAGCAUCCCAUAUGGUGACUGGUUUGAAGUAGUUUCCUGCCCACAUUACUUAGCUGAACUGUUGAUCUACCUUGCUAUCAGUGUGACCUUUGAAGGACGACACCUUACCUGGUGGUUUGUAAUAUUAUAUGUGUUUUUCAGCCAUGCAAUGAUGGCUAUUCUGUGUCAUGAAUUCUACGUGAAGAAGUUUAAUAACUACCCAAAAAUACGGAAGGCAUUUAUACCUUUUAUAUUUUAACCCAGUUUUGAAUAUGUUAUUGUAGCUUACAGAUUUUGAUGCUUACCUGUUAUUUUGUUCUAUUUUCUGGUUUAAAAUUUACCAAUAGCAAUUAUAAAACCUAACAAAUGUUUCUUCUUGGAGAUCAUCCUUUUCUAGAAUCAUAGAGCUGUACAGUGUGGAACAGACCCUUUGGUCCAACUCAUCCAUGCAACUAGAUAUCCCAAAUUAUUCUAGUCGCAUU